UUCAGCGAUUAAAUGGACAUAUUUGAGAUAAAUUUAGCUUAAAACUAUUUGAGUCAUUUUGUUCAGAUAACUUCUAAAUUUAGAUUAACGGAAUAUUUUCCCAAACGCAGUCCGUCGUUAAUGUGUUGAUCAGAACUAGUCAAAUCUAGAGUGAAGUCCACGCAAGUCAGCCAGAUGCUUUCCUGCUAUUUGUUGUUCACACUUCUCCUUCAACGAAUUUCCUGCAGUUCCAGUAAAAAAUGGAAAAUUGGUGUCAUAAGUGAGUAUCCCGAUUUGUAUUCAAACGUGGAAUACAAAACCAGCCUGGGCUAUUAUCAAUCACAGUUCGAAGGCGUCUCCGUGGAAGAUGUCUUCGAGUUCCUGCUUAACAAGACAUCAUUCAGUGCCAUGUCAUCAGUGUGCAGAAUGAUAGAACAUGAGCGUAUUAGUGUGCUGAUCAGCUAUGUCUCUUGCUACUCCUCCAAUGCUCUGGUGGCCCAGACCGACACUCUCCGUCUGCCCCACCUGAUGUUGGGAACAAACAGUGGCUGCAGUUUCCACGACCAGAACCUACACCACAUACUCCCAUCUGUCUCACAGGGAUCUCUUGUUGGGGGAUUACACCCUCUUCUCCCACUCAAUCCAGACAUCUCCCCCAUCACCAUGGAGCAAGGGGGGACUACGUGGGACACUACAGGGGGGCAGAAUACGAAUGGGAAGAGGUUGUUCACUGUGAGUCUGGGUGGUUCCAGUGAAUUGGUGGAGGAGCCUCUGAUAGAUUUCAUAGUGAUGAGGAACUGGACUCGGCUGGUUUUAGUCCAUGACAAUACAAUGUCCAAUGGUUUCGACGAUGAUCGGAAUGUUCGAUUCCGGAGGAAGUUGGCGCAGACUAAUGUGUUCCGAUACGAGAUCGAUACUAGCAAACAGUUCGAGGUGGAUCUAGAAACAGAACUCAGCACUUUCAACAAGAGUGACAGCUUCGAGCACUUCGUGGUGAUAGGGAGUGGGGAGAACUGCAGACGGGUGAUGGACUGCGCCUCCCACUACAACAUGUUCACGUCCACCUUCACAUGGAUACUCGCUUGUCCCGAUGCGGACCUGGAUGUUCUGAUGGCCAACCACAACAUCACUCUGGGCACCAUCAUUCUGUUCAAGCCUGAACAACACAUCUUCUCCUAUUCAGACGCCGCCGUCACGGGGGGAGGGGUAGGAGGAGCAGGAAACAACUAUGACUUGCAGCUGAAACUGAACAUGUCAUUUCAAAUGCUGUUCAACUCUUUCUCAGAACUCACUAAUGACCAAAUAGUCCCACCAUCUCAACAGUCUGAAAAUACUCGCAAGUGUGGACUCAACGCUACUUGGACAUCCCGAAAUGGUAUGAGUAGGGGGAGUUCAGAUCUCAUGGACAGCAUAGACAAGCACCACACGAAAGCUAUUAGCAGCUUACUUCACAAAAGUCAGACUAAAUUCAACCUCUACAUCUUCGACGUGCAAAGGAGUUUUUGGGGGCAGCAUGGCACUUGGAGCCGGAAGCGUGGGUUCGAAUCCGACCAUGAGCUGUUCCACCCGCCCACUCAGAACUUCAAGAAGAUCAGAGUUGUCACUGUCGUGGAGUCUCCGUUUGUGGAGGUGGAAUCUGACGAGAGUGGUCAACUUGUGUUCAGUGGGUUCUGUGUGGAUCUGCUGGACGAAGUGUCCAAACAGUUGAACUUCCAGUACAUCAUGUACAAUGCAUCCGAGUAUGGCAGACUGGACGGACAUACGUGGGUGGGGGCUGUCGGAGAGGUCGCCUACAAGCGUGCGGACAUAGCAGUGAGUGGAAUGUUGAUCACCAGUCAGCGGGAGGAGGCGGUGGACUUCAGCACCAGAUUCAUGGACUACGGGGUCGGCAUCCUCAUCCGCAAAACUACCCCCUCCCAGACUGUGUUCGGAUUCCUGCAACCCCUCAACCCCCAAGUGUGGACAUGUGUGGCCAGUACAAUCUUCAUUGCUGGGGGUGUGAUGUUCCUGGUGACUAGAAUCAGUCCCAACACCAGAGGGAGACACUAUAAAAGACAUGGCCAUAGUCAUGGACAUGGACAUACUAUGCAGGAUAGAUAUGUCGACCCCCUCAGUGACUACUCCCAAUUCACCUUCCGCAACUCCAUCUGGUUCACCAUGACAUCCAUCAUGCAACAGGGAGGCGAUCUGCACCCGAAGAGUGGAGCUGCACGCAUCAUGGGCUGUUUCUGGUGGUUCUUCACCCUCAUCAUCACAGCCACCUACACCGCCAACUUGGCCGCCUUCCUCACUGUGAACCGAAUGGAGACCCCCAUAGACUCCUUGCAGAGUCUGGUGGCCCAGAACAACGUCAAGUACGGAACAGUCAGACACUCCCCCAUACAUCUGGAUUUCAAGAACCAGUCUGAGAUGAAUGCUCUCUAUGAGCGGAUAGCGAACUACUUGGACCACCAGCACAGCAACAAGGACUCUAUCCUUGUGGAUGAUGCCGAGGAGGGGUACAGGAGGGUGAGAGAGGGGGGAUACGCGUUCAUGUGGGACAACCCCAUUCUACAGUGGAUGAAGUGGAUGAUGCAGAGGAGGGGUACAGGAGGGUGA